UAAUCAUAAAUCGCGCAACAAAAAAAAAGCUGAAACAAGCUACGCUAACAUUUAAUUAAAAGUUUCCAAGUCUAAUAACGAUAGAAAAGAAAUAAAAGAAAUAAAGAAAAUGCGAAUACUGGCAACACGUAUGAGUCAAUAAACAAACACAAAGAGAAAAGUGCUUUCAUCAACAACAUCAUCGUUUACAAAACAAAGUCUGCAAUUCCUAUACCUUUCUGAAUACAUUUAUUGCACAUACACAUGUAUGGUAUGUGCACGUAUUACUUCACAUGUAUGUAUUAGUGCACCAUAUUCGCCAGCACGUUCAUCACUAAAAGCCAUCGCAUCGGGCAUCCUUGUGCUUAAUUUUUGAACGUCAAUCAUCAUGGGUAGCUUACCGAAUUUGCACGAGUUGGAGGAAAUAGAGCGCCGACGUGAGAAGCGUCGUGAGCGUGAGCAACGUGAGCAACUGCGAGAGCAACGGGCACGUGAUUCGAGUCGCGAGCGUGAGCGUAUGGCGUUAUUCGCACAGCGUAAGCAAUCAUCCUACAACGCCUACUUAAUGGCCGGUUUGGGUAUGGGUGGAGGAACACUUGGCAUGGCUGCUGCUGUGGGGGCCUCUCACCUAACAAAUGCUGCUGCAGCAACUGGUGGCAUCGGUGUUGGCGCCUAUACAACAGCUACAACGAAAACUUUAAGUGGCUUUGCGGUGGGCGGUGCGGCACUGCUGGGCAUAGGUACGCCCGCGUUGCUAGCCAAACACCAUCAUCAGCACCAACAUCAUCGGCACUCGUUAACAACACGACAUCGAGUGUUACGCACUAGAAGCUCGGGAGCGACACACAAUAUUUGGGACGAACAAUUGAUGGAGCACCUUGCCGCCUACUCACCGAUUUCAACGCGUUCGCAUCGCAUUAAUCCGGUGUCAUCAUAUCAGGUGCAGGCCGCGCUGGCCGCCUCCCGCCGACGUGAGUCCAUCAACAGUUCCAUUGGUGCUGCUUCAAUAAGACGCCUUAUUACGCUUAAUAAUCGCAACUGCCGUCACAAGAUUCCGCCACACGUACGACACAAAGUGUGCCAGAGCUUCAUCUUCCUAACGUUAGCGCAUGGCCUAAUAUGCGCAGUAUUGAUGCCGCUAUUAGCGCUACAAGGUUCGAAUUCGGUGUGGCAUCAACGCGAGCAGUGGCUGCAUGUGGGACCGAAUAUCGGCUCCCUUCUGCUAAGCGGUUGCUUUCUCAUCUCCGCCGUUAUGUGCCUAUUUACCAAACGCCUUAUACAAAAAUUCGGUUAUACGUCGGUGGUCAGUGCCAGCUACGUUGCAACGGGCAUCUUUCUCUUAUGUCACCUCUUUCCCUCCAUCUUUACGUUACUGCCGGCAUACAUACUGCUCGGUAUCACAUACAGUCCAUCAUGGAUUAGCAAAAUUGCAUUGGUGGUGCAUUACGGCAGCAAGCUGAGCUGUUCCCAGCACGAAUGCAUGUUCAGUUCUUCGCAUGCCUCGGACAUAUUAGACGAGCACAAGCUUUUCUGCAAUCGCGAUCAGAAGGUGCGCCGUUUGGCGCGUUGGUUUCAGGUUGCCCAAGACAUGGGCAUUAUUUUCGGCGCACUGCUGGCGUCAUUCUUUUUGGCCUGCAGCGCGAGUGACUGGAACUGUUUCGCUGACAGUGAGACGCCAACUGUGGAAAUGAAAACGACUUCAUUGCCCGGCGAGAAUCUGACAGAAGCACUGCCAAAGGCGGCAGAAUUGCGGGCACAUUCCUAUAGCAUGACGGGCUUUUUGUUUAACAUACCGGGUUACUUUGAUGAUUUCUACUAUCACAACGAACACGGUGAACGAAUCUGUGGUGCCGACAUGUGUCCUGUUUGGCAUCAUGAUAGCAGCUUCGACGACACUAGCAAUGGAACCAAUGAAACUAUUUACACGCAAUUCAUCAAUGAGAGAUCAACAGGCGGUGGCAUUACACUGAUAAGUGUCUACUUUUUGUUCACAGCAGUUGCGACGGGUCUAUCCCUCCUUGGUGGGAAAUUACAGGGAAGCUUUCGACGAGAAGUGCAUUCAAAAGGAGUAACGGAUACGCUGCUCUUCGCUGGCCCAAUGGCGUAUUUCGUGGGAACCGAGCAGGCCUAUAUGCUAGGCGAUUUUUUGCGGGCUUUCGUUUCUUGUUCUUUGGGUAUUAGCAUGGUGGCUGGUGCAUUGGUCGGCAUGGGUCUCAUGCAAUGCAUUGUCUCCUGCACGCUGAGUAUGCUGCUGCGACACACCAAGCGUAUUGUUGUCAUUUUGGCCGGUUUCUUCUUUCAGUCGUGUCUGCUACUUGCACUAUCCAGCUGGAAGCCGUCCAGCGAUGACAUAGCGCUUUUCUAUGUACUAGCCGCCUCGUGGGGUGCCUGUAACGGUAUGUGGGAGACACUCUUAAUGGCCUUAAUCACGUUGAAUCACGCUAAUAACGUUACGGAAGUAACCAGUCCCUUACAAGGACUACGCUUCCUCGGCUUGGGUAUCACCUUCGCUGCGCAUGGCCUAAUGUGUGAGACACCUAAAAUUAUCACUAUGGUGAUUAUGUUGGUGGUGAGUUUGCCGGCGUAUGCUAUGUUGGAGACCAAACUGGAAGCGCAGCGUAAGUUGCAAUUGAUCAAUUUGUGACGAAGCGUUUUCAGUUAGUCGAAAAGGCGUGGCCCCAUGGCGCGCACGCAUACAAUGUAAAAAAGGAGUAAAAUGAGUUUGAAAAUAUGCAGGAGAAGUGCGUGUCAUGGAGAGUGUAGAGUGUGUGAAGAACAGUAUUAAGUUUAAUUCAAGGUAGAAAAAACAUUUUUACAUACAUAUAAAGCGCGUUUAGUCAUAUUGACAAAUGUAAAAUAUAAUAUUUGUAUUGAGUGCGAGACAUAUUCGGCUCGGCACAGUGUUAAUAGCAAAAAUAUAAACCUGCAUACAUACAUAUGUAUAUAGUUAUAGUUGUCAGUACGUAUGCAAGUAGCACUCGGAUUAAUAUUUGUAUUUAUAUUUGUAUUUGUAGUUUUAAUAUGUAUGAAAAUCAUUCAAGCCAAAGAUCAAGUCAGCAUGACUGAGUUGUGUGGUGCGCUGAAUAAUCGAACGAUUGUUUUGUAU